CAUUACGAUCAUCCUGAAAAAAAGGUCAACCCAAUAAAAAAAAGAAAGAAAGAAAUCAAAGAAUUUCUUCCUUCACCAAUCGAUUAUUAUCACGAUAACUUCAAAUAAUUAAUCAAUAUGGUUUCAGCAUCAAAAGCCGCUCGUGAUGCGAAGAGAGCCGCCGAAGGAAAGCCGGCAAAGAAGACUGUUGCUUCCAAAUCAAAGGCUGGCUCCAAGGCUGCAUCUGGUACCACAACACCUGGCGAAUUAGCCGUCGACGCUGAUGGAAAUGUUCUCCCUGAUGAGGAGCAACCUGCGACAAAGGAUAUGGAUGAAGUCAAGAGAUUAGCAGCACAAAUGGAUAAGCAUGGUCUCUCUGAUCGUGUUACAACUGGUGUUCUCAGCUCUCUCAAGCAAAGUCGUGACGUUAAGAUUACCUCAGCAUCGCUGGUUUUCCACGGUCGUGUCCUUUUGAACGAUACAACCAUGGAACUUACAUACGGGCGUCGUUAUGGUCUUUUGGGAGAGAACGGUUGCGGAAAGUCUACUCUUCUUAAAGCUAUCGAUAUGCGCGAAUACCCUGUCCCAGAUCACGUCGAUAUCUACUUAUUAAACGAGGGUGCUCCUCCUAGUGACUUGGGUGCCUUGGAGUGGGUCGUUAGAGAGGCCGAGAACGAGAUGAAGAGACUCGAUGAUGAAGCUGAGCGUCUGUUGGAGGAAGAAGGACCAGAAUCUCCAGUCCUUUUGGAUCUCUACGAGCGUAUGGAUACCAUGGAUCCAUCUACUUUCUCGACUCGUGCAUCCCUCAUUUUGACUGGUCUCGGUUUCAACAAGGUCACUAUCCACAAGAAGACCAAGGAUAUGUCCGGAGGAUGGCGUAUGCGUGUUGCUUUGGCUAAAGCUCUUUUCGUCAAGCCUUCCCUUCUCCUUCUCGAUGACCCUACUGCACAUUUGGAUUUGGAAGCCUGCGUGUGGUUGGAAGAAUACUUGAAGAAAUGGGACCGAACUCUCAUCCUUGUUUCUCACUCUAUGGAUUUCCUCAACGGCGUCUGCACCAACAUGAUCGAUAUGCGCUCAAGACAACUUAUCUACUAUGGUGGUAACUACGAUUCUUACGCCAAGACUAGAUACGAACAAGAAGUCAACCAAAUGAAGGCCUACCAAAAGCAACAAGAUGAAAUUGUUCACAUUAAGAAAUUCAUCGCUUCUGCUGGUACAUAUGCCAACUUGGUCAGACAAGCUAAAUCUAGACAAAAGAUUUUGGACAAGAUGGAGGCCGAUGGUUUCAUUCAAAAGGUUGAGGAAGAUCGUGUCUUCACUUUCAGAUUCGCAGAUGUUGAGAAGCUUCCACCACCAGUUCUGUCUUUCGAUGAUGUUACAUUCUCAUACUCUGGUGAUUCCAAGGAUGAUCUCUACAGAAACCUCGACCUCGGUGUUGACAUGGAUUCCCGUACUGCUCUCGUCGGACCUAACGGUGUUGGUAAAUCUACCCUUCUCCGUCUCAUGACGGGAAAGCUUUCUCCUACUGGAGGAACUGUUUCUCGUCACACACAUUUGAAGAUGGGAGUUUACUCUCAACAUUCUUCUGAACAAUUGGAUCUCACCAAGUCCGCAUUGGACUUCGUCAGAGAUAAGUAUGCUUCCAAGAGUCAAGAUUACCAAUACUGGCGUCAACAACUCGGAAAGUAUGGUCUCAGUGGUGAAUCCCAAACCGCAUUGAUGGGUACUCUUUCCGAAGGACAAAAGUCCAGAAUUGUUUUUGCUUUGUUGGCUAUCGAUGGACCAAACAUGUUGUUGUUGGAUGAACCUACCAACGGUUUGGAUAUUCCUACUAUUGACAGUUUGGCUGAUGCUAUCAAUGCUUUUACCGGUGGUGUUGUUGUUGUUUCUCACGAUUUCAGAUUACUCGAUAAGAUUGCUAAGGACAUUAUGGUUUGCGAGAACCAAACCAUCAAGAGAUGGGAUGGUACUAUCGCCGAGUACAAGAAUCACUUGAGAAAGAAGAUGGUUUCUGCAGGUGCCGUUUAAAGUGACUAUAUAUGAACAAAAUUCCGUACAAUAUUCAGUCCAAAAACAAAAGUUUGAUUGAUGCAUCUACGGACGACUGACUACACAUACGGGGUGGCAUUCACCAAGGGAUAUCCCUCUCAUGACCCGAAACUGAGGAGGCCGCGGAGGGAUUAGGCGGUGCAUGACUUGAUGAAACACCGCUUUCUUUUGGUGGGAUAGAAUGCGAGUCUGUUUUAGAUGGCGUUGAUUCGGUGCAGAAUUUACUGGAGAGAAUGAAACAUUAUUACAUCA